AUGCCUGUCACUGGUAUCUGUCACUCACAAUCUGGAUAUGUAUAUGGCAUUGGUAGAAACAUGCUGGAUAAGUUGGAAGAUGAUCAGUAUGCACAUCAGUGGAAUAUUAGUCCUUAUUACCCUUUCCAUGAUGAAGGUGAAUGGGAAUUAGGGAAGUUCUUAGUGGAAAAUCUUACUCAAACACAAAUCACCAAGUUCUUGAAGUUGAAAUGGGUAAUGAGGAAUAAUGAUCUAAGCUAUUAUGCAAGACCAUCCUUCACCACAAAGAAUCACCUCCUGGACUGGAUGGACUCACUGCCUUAUUUUAUUCCAUGGAAGGUCUCUAACAUAAAAUUUAGAGGCUAUAUGACCAUCCAUCCUGUGGAGCUUGUUUGGCAUAAUGUGCUGGAGGUUGUCAAGCAACUCUUUAGUGAUCCAACAUUUGCAAACCACAUGACCUUUAACCCCCAUAUUGCUAACACUAAAAAUCAGUGCAAAUAUGGAGACUACAUGAGUGCCAAUAUGGCAUGGAAAAUUUAG